AUGACAAAAAGGUAUUGCAAAGUGAAAGCCUCAGAACCUGGUGCACUAGAAAAAUGGAACAAACCCACAGAGGCUAUCAGUCUCAUUACAUCUAAUGAUGUCCAUCGGUUUCUCAAUUACUGCCUAAAGCUAAAGCGUGGACGUGACAAUCGGCAUCUAAAGGGCAUCAAGAAAGCUAGUGCCCUUAAAGCUGAUUGGAAAAGCUUUCGAAGCUACUACCGAGAGGUUACAAGGCAGAGUAUUAAUCCUGAGCUUAGUGAAGAGAUUAACACGGGAAUUCGGCAUCUUGUUGAUAAGUUUCAACUCGAAACACCCGAACGGGAAAAGACACCAGUUUACGUUCAAGACCUGACAAAAUUCAAUGAGACCGUUCUUCAAACACAGGAAAGACGAUUCCAUCUUGGUUAUGAGCGUAUCCAGCUAUGUCUCUUUAACAUGCUCGGAAUAUUCACUGUGAACCGCCUGAGUGCUCUUCUCUCUCUGCAAUUCAAGCAUCUCCGCUUUUCCAUCCAGAGGGAUCCUCAAGGCGGCCCUCCGAUACUACUAGUGGAGAUUAGAUCUGAGCAUCUUAAGAAGCUUCUCGGUAUAACGCAAUUGAAUAAUUUCCCUCUACCUGAGAUAAUUGAUGAUCCAUCACUCAUUUUCAGCCCUCAUGUGUUUAUGUUUGGUAUUCUAUUCUGGCUAGAAGCCUUUGCCGCGCCUGGGCUUCAGUCAAUGGAAGCCACGCGAAAAUUAUUUGUGCAACGUGGUCAACAACAGAUGGAGUUACCAUUGAAGCGUGAUAUUGAAGAAUAUUUUGUCUUCUGCAAGAUAGACACCAUCGAUGGAUAG